UAUGAAUAGAAAAAAAGUUAUGGGAGUGCCUUACCAGAGCACCACGACGAAGUACUUCUCUAAAAAGAAAAAUAUCCUCUCGUCUAGGAAGUCAAGAAAUAGUCAAUCCGUACAUAGCCAAGGGUCUCUUGGACAUUACAAUUCGAUGAAGAAAGGGUAUCAAGGAAUUCUUGCAGGGAAAUCAGGGAGUUACUAUAAUCCAAUAUCUCCUAAUAUUGACCGAAACUCUUUUAUGUUCAAUCCAAAAAUUACAGGGGAUCCUUUGACCAAAUCAUUUCUGAUCCAAGAAAAUAAUAGCAACGAUAAAAUUGCUAGCAAAGUCAAAAAUGUUAUUAAAUACAGCCAAAUAUUGCCAUAUAAUGAUACAAUUGAGAUGCCUGAUAGCGAAAGGAAAGCAAAAUAAGAUAAAUUUUAAUCCUGAGGGAUCUAAUAUGCAAGAAAUUUACCCAGGAGGUUACCUCAACGAAGAGAUAUCAGAUGGAAACUCUCAAAGUCCUAAAUUCUUUAUUGCAAAUAAAUAUAUUGGAGUAUACAAAGGGAAAUUUGGAAUUCUUACAAGGAAAACUGAAGUUUCUUCCAAAAAUGCUCUUAAUCAAGCCCUUAGUGAGAAUCGGAAAAGACUGAAUUCCAGAAAUAAUAUCAAAAGAAAUCUUAAGCCCAGGAAUAAAGCUCAACACCACAUAAAUAAUGCCAAAAGUAUCAACAUCAAAGAUGUUGAUAAGGAAGAGGAAUCAAAGCUCUUGAUCCCAAACGCAAUAGACCAUCUUUACAACAAUAUGCUGGGAGAUAGCUCCAUCCAACAGAAUCAAUCAAACACAAAAUCAAAUGAAAAUACAAAUCUCCCUGAUGAACCAGCAAUACCUCAAAAAAUGUCUCGAACAAAGAAUUCAAAAAGUAUGAACAUGAUAGUAUACCCUACUGACAGACAGAAAGGAAUUAUUUCUGUUAGGAACAAAGAAAGACAGCAAGCAAAGAACCCACGAAGAAGAGUUCUGUAUACCCCAUUUCGUAAAAGGAGCCAAGGUAGCACCAUUACAGGGAAUGAUAUAAGAGUUAAGACUUUAAUAUCUAAUAGCAAUAUCAACAAUGACUCAGAAUCACAAAAUGAAACUGAAAAUUAUGUAGUCAACAAAUAUUCUUUACCAAACGGACUGCAGUCAAGCAAGAGGAUACCGGUCUAUAGCUCUGCAGAGGAGAUGUUUGGGGAUAAAUACUCAAAGGAAUCUCUAGCAUUGAUGAACUUUAUUAAAAACAGACAAUCUCUUGCUGCUAAUAACUCCAGCAAGCAUCUCAAAAGCAACCCUAGUAUCAACAGAAUUCAAAACAUGAAGCGUCUAAACAAGAAGAGGAGCCUUAAGAGCCAAAGGGCCAGAAGAAAUAAUGAUGCAUCUGUUGGAGUCGAAGGGGUUGGAUUUAAAAAUAGUAUAAGAGUUAUCACAAGAGAUCCAACCAAAUUGAUAAGACUCACUCCAAAAUAAUGAGAAAUAUUCUCUAGAUAAAGAGUUUAAAGUAAACAAUAAGGAUGUUGAGGAGAAAUCUCAAGUAAGUAUAAAUGAAGAUAUGAACAAUUGCAAGGAAGAGCACCUUAUAAAGAAGAGAAAACCAAGUAGUCAAAGCCGAAAAACUAGACAUAAAUUGAAGAAAGAAAAUACUGUUGAUUCAAAAACUAGUAGAAGAGAAGUUUUACAAGACAUGGAUAGACUUCUUCCUUCCCGCUCAACUAUUCUGAACAAAGUUACAAAUGAUUCUACUGAGAAAAAGCAAGCAAAAAUUCUCAGAAAUAAAUUACAUGAUUAUCAAAUGUUCGAGAGACAAAGAUCAAAGAAUAGUUAUAUGGAUACUGUCUCGAGAUCAAGCUUGUCAUCAAUAAAACUCACUCAAAAAUUUUGUGAUAAGAAUUCAACAGGACUUAAAGAGAAAAUACCAAGUCCUGAAUUUAUUUCAAGAGUACCUUCAAAUGGGCAGAACUGAGAGUCAACAAAGAAAGAUAAGAAGUUUUUAAAAUAAAUCUUUAAAGACAAAGCUGGCACAUUGAGAAAUACUUCCUGCUGAGCAGGCUCUACACCUCACCAAGGCAAAAAGAAUGUCAAAAUACAAGGUCUCAAUGUUGAACGACCAUAAUAAAGGACUUAUCUAUGAUCAAGAGAAAGAUGAUAAAAAUCCACAAGACAAUGAAGACAGAGAGCCAUCUCCAAUCAAUUCAGACAUUGCUAAAAAUGAUGGCAUAAUCAGGACUGGAUCCAGGAAUCUUCAAAAUCAGAAAGAAGAUACCUCAAGUAGCAAACCUGAGUUGAUUCUUGAGUAAUGUACCUAACAUUUAUUACAUUUGAAUAACACACAGGUUGAAUAUCUAUUACCUUAGGUUUUUGAGUAAGAACUCUGUAGUUCUGAUUCCAAAAGUUGGAGAUUUAUCUUCAAUUUUAUUUCAAUAUUAUUUAAUAGAAAUAUUCAAUAAAAGU